AUGUAUAAGCAGGAGCUACUUCUGUUGCGAUAUAAUAAGGACGUGCAGUGUGUGAUUGACAAGAACAAAACACCUGUAUGCAAAACUGUGUCAAAUGCACGCCGCAAUGAGUUCUUGAAAAAUAACAACAUACCAUCGCAUGACCCUUACAUACCAAGAGUGAAUACGGUUUUCUACAAUUGUUCGUCGGCUGAAUGCGCCACAAUAACACUGUACUCUAUGACGCAAGUUACGUCACCAGAUCUCAGUCUAAAGGCAUGCUACCUUCAGGCUGACACCUACCAGUGCGAGAAUAUAAGAUUCGUCAUACCCGAUAACUCGCCAAAGAUCAUGAAAUGA